AUGUACACUGCGCUACGACCGCUCGCCCCGCGACUGGCAGCUGUGGCGACUUCGCGGGGAGAGAGAGACGACAGAAAAAGCUUCUUUCUCUGUAUAAGCGCGCGGCCGCCAGGACAGCGGCCGAGGCUGUUCGUCGGCGAGGUGACUCUGCCGGAAAAACGUCGGCACACAGGCAAAACUCCGCAGUUUAGUGGAGGAGUGGAGGGAAGAAAACGGUGUGCUCGUCACGCGUUCUCUGCCGACCCCCCUCUCUCGGUUUCGCUGGCGCUUCUCUCGUCCCUCGUCUGUUUCCAAAUUGCCUCACUCUUGCGCAGGACGCGUUGUCGAUCGCAGCGGAGAAGGAAGCGCGAGGCUUCCUCGAGAACCGGAGAAAAAUCGACAGAGAGGCUCUUAAACCUCCGAACAGCAGCGGGAGAAUCGCGCGCGACCGAGAGACAGAAGGACGCAGAGGGGACCGCGAGGCUGCUCAAAGUCUCAGGAGAAAACCGCGAAAAGUGUAUGCACAACUGGAGAGAAGAGGUAGAGCAAGAAGCGAUGGAAGAAACGACUGAAUCUGACUGCGUUCUGGAAGAGAGAGACGUGUGGACGAUGGCCCUCUAA